AUGAUGAUUGUUAUUAUUGCUUCGCAUCGAGCAUGCCGCACAGUUACCAAUCUUCUAACAUGUAAUACAAGUUUUAUGAUUGCUAACUUUCUAUUAAACAAUCUCCUUGGAGCAUUGUACGGCUUUCGUACAGAUUGGGCAGAAAAUCAGCCGCUCUGCUUCUUAAAAGCUGUUUGGGGUACUAUGUCAUCUGCUGGAAUUUGCUAUUCCUAUGUUUUACAAGCUAUGAGUCGUCUCUUUUUUGCUGUAUUCUACAAACACAAAUUUCUUCUCACAUUUCGUAUGCAUUGGUAUAUGAUUGCUCUGAAUUGGAUUAUCAGUAUUCUACUAGCAAUUGAACCUAUUUUCAUUAAUGGUGCUUUGGGAUUCGAAGAAGAAUCGCGUAUUUGUGUAGCCAAAAGUAAAAUUUUCGCUUCAUCUAUAUAUAUCACUGUAGUUGUAAUUUUCAUUCCGCUUAAUAUUGCUAUCUUUAUUUAUGCUAAAAUAUUUUAUCGUUCAUAUCAAGCAACUCAACAAGUCGUCAAUAUGGCAUUCGAUACGACGGCUUCUCAUAUGCCAAAUGCAAAACGUGAAAAAAAACUUGCACGGAAUAUGGUAUUAAUAAUUGGGAAUUUUGCCUUCAGUGGAAUAAUCUAUGCCAUACUUGCUUUUUGGCAUAUCAUCGCACCAAAUAUUUUGCCACCGAAAGAAUUGUAUUUGAUGAGUAUGCAUACAAUAGUAUCUUUCAUUACUCUUAAGAUGAUUUUCUUCUUUGUAAUGAAUAAGCAAGUGAAGGACAUUGUUUUUAGUCGUCUUCGCCUUACACGUCAACGUAUUCAUCCUACAUCCAAUGGUCAACGGUCGGCACCAAACCUUAUUAGACGUUGA